UAAAUAUCUGAUCCAAAACGCACAAAUAUUUGACCAAAGUUCUCAAAGCAAAGCAAAGAAGUUUUCUCGGCGACCAAACAGUUGAAUUGAGAGAAUGGAAGUGAAGCAAGAGUUUGAGUGGAAUGAAGCACAAAAGAUUGUGAUAAGUGUAGACCUUGUGACUGCAGCCAAACUGCAGCUUCAGUUCCUUGCCGCUGUUGAUAGGAAUCGUUACCUCUAUGAAGGCCCUGCCCUUGAAUGGGCCAUCUAUAGGUAUAAUGCUUGUUGGCUUCCCUUACUUGCUAAGCAUUCCAAGUCCCAGAUUUCUGAAGGGCCUUUGGUUGUGCCUCUUGAUUGUGAAUGGGUUUGGCAUUGUCACAGGCUUAAUCCAGUACAAUACAAAACUGACUGCGAGAAACUUUAUGGAAGAAUCCUUGACAACUCUAAUGUUGUGUCUUCUGUUCAAGGCAAUUGUAAUAGGCAAACUGAAGAAAUUUGGAAUAGAAUGUAUCCAGAAGAGCCCUACAACUUCAACAUAACUCGUGCAUUGUCAGAAAAUGUCUCUCAGAUGCUUUCUGGAUUGGAAAAAUACACAAAAUAUGAUCUGGUUUCAGCUGUAAAAAGGCAGAGUCCUUUCUUUUACCAGGUGUCCAGACCCCAUAUGAAUGAUGGUCUCUUUCUUGAAGGAGCUGUCGCUAGAUAUAAAGGAUUUUUGCAUCUAAUUAAGAGCAACAGGGAUAAGUCCAUAAAAUGCUUUUGCGUUCCCACAUAUGACAUUGAUCUUAUCUGGCACACUCACCAGUUGCACCCUGUUUCUUAUUGUAAUGAUCUCAUUAAACUACUUGGAAAGGUGUUGGAGCAUGAUGACAUGGACUCAGAUAGAACUAAAGGGAAGAAGCUUGAUGUUGGGUUUUCUGUAACCACCAAGCAGUGGGAAGAGGCAUUUGGUACACGGUAUUGGAGAGCCGGGGCAAUGUACAGGGGCACUGCCCCAUCUCCUGUUACAACCACUCCUUUCUUAUCUGACAUGACUGGCAAGGAGGUAGUUGCAUCCAAGGAGUUUCAGAAAAUAAUUCAGUUUCCACAGCUGAAGGUUGUGGAGGUCCUUUUGGAGUUUGUUGGAGUUAAGAACUUACCAGAGGGUCAUAAAGGAAGUCUGUCUGUCUCAUUUUGUAAGAUACAGCCUGAUUCACUCUUUAAUGCUAAGCGGAAAUUGAGUAUUUUGUCAGAGUCUGGAGAGAAACAGGUUGCUUCUUUUCAAUGUGAACCGACAGGAGAGCUUCAGUUUGAACUCAUAUCCCAUUCAACUUCCAACUUACCCAUAACAAGGGCUCCCAAAAUAUUGGGUUCUGCUUCACUCUCUCUUCAAGACUUUCUGGAACCAGUCUCUAAACUUUCAGUGGAAAAAUGGUUGGAGUUGGUGCCAAGUUCUAGCAAUGUGAUCAUGAAACCAAUCUGCCUUCGUGUUUCUGUCUCUUUCACUGUUCCGUCUCCGGCACCAUGUGUGUUUCAAAUGAUUUGUUCUCGACCAUUUUCAAAAAAUUCUUGUUUUUUCCCUCUUCCUGGAAAGGUUCAGCAUGCCAAGAGAUUGACGCAUGUCACUGAUGAAACUGGUGCAGAAGUCAUAAGCCUCCAAAUGAGGGACUCAAAGGACAAGGUGAAGGAAAACUGCAUUCCAAGGAAGGAAGUGAUUGGUAUUACGACUUCUGGUGAAACACUCACUCUUGCAGAGGCUGCUGGGACUGGGUGGUCAUUAAUGGAUUCUCAGUGGUCCCUUUAUCUUCAAAAGAAAUCCAGUUUAGAUGGUCAUCUCUUUGAGCUCAUGGGCAGUAGAAUGGUAAAAAUUUUCCCAGGAAGAAAGCUGGAGUAUGAACCCAAACAUUGUGAGAAGCAUAGAAGUGAACAGGACUUUAUGACAGCAAUUGAAUUCUCUAAGGAAGAUCCAUAUGGCAAAGCAGUGGCAUUGCUUGACUUGAAAUCUGGAUUUUUGAGGGUAAAGGAAGACUGGAUGUUGGUGCCUGGAAUUACAUCCGCAUUUAUACUUACUGAUAUAUUUAAGAAGGGAGGAUAUCACGGAUUAACUGUGAAUUGCAAAAAUUUGGAGAUGCAUGGUCAAACUGAAGAAGUAGAUGAAGUCCAUGAGGGCAAAAAAUCCAAACUGACCACUUCUGUAGCAAGUGAAGUAGAGUUGAAUGUAGAUGUGGCUGAAGGAAAUGCUGCAAUACCUGAAAAAGUUGGCUUGUCCAGUGGAGGUUGUGGGGGAGGGUGUGGUAGUGGGUGUGGCAGCGGGUGUGGUGGUGGAUGUGGGAACAUGAUGAAGAGUGGUGGAUGCGGUGGGUGUGGCAGUGGCUGUGGUGGUUGCGGUGGGGGGUGUGGAAAUUUGAUAAAGAGUGGUGGAUGUGGUGGGUGUGGUUCUGGUGGUUGUGGCGGCUGUGGAAACAUGGUGAAGAGUGGUGGCUGUGGUGGUUGUGGCAGUAAUCCUACAAAUGAAAAUAAAGCUUGUAAUUCAUGCACGGAUGAUUACCCAAAGGAAACAACCAUCUAUGUCAAUGAGGCAGUAGCAGCUUGAUGCUUAUGAGCAUGAUGGAAGAUCCAAGAACUUCAAGCUAUUUUAAGUUCUUAUUUAUAUGUCAUAGUUUCUUUAUGUACAGGGGUUGCAUCAAGAACAGUGUCUGGUCAAUACAAGUAUCUUCAAAUCAUCAAAUUAUUUGGUUUGGAGCAUCACCGCGGUGCUCCUUUGGUGUACUAUAUCUGUGUGAAAUAUUUGCUCAUGCAAAAUAAAGUGUGGAGUUUACUGUAUGUUGACUGCAUUACAGACAAUUCCGAUUGUAAAACUGAAAUAUAUACUCGUACUGUAUUAUAAGCUU